UAGAGGACGAAACGAGGCGGGAUUUUGCGGCCAUUUCUAUUGUCAGAUUUGAGCUCUAUAUCUGUAUUAAUAUGUGUAUUAUGAUCAUACUGAAUAUGUCUGAAGGCUUCAGUUCUCGAGGACAAUCUUUAUGUGUCUGCAGAAUGCUGUUGUUGGUUGUUUUCAGUCUGAUUCUCGUGGAGGCUUCAGACUCAAAGCACUCAGUCAAGGUUCUCCCGGGUCAGAUUGUGGGUCGGGUGGGUUUGGCGGUCACUCUGCCCUGCUGGAUCUCUCCUCAGACGGACGCCGGGACUCUGGAGGUCCGCUGGUAUCGUCCCGAACGCUACGACACUCCUGUUCUCUUCUAUCAGAAAGGAAAGAUUCAGGAGGUUCAGGAGGAAGGGUACAGGAACCGCAGCUCUCUGAGCCGGCGCUCCGCUCUGUCUAACGGACUGAAGGACGGAGACGUGUCUCUGCGUUUGGACAAUCUCACACUUCAGGACGGAGGCGUGUUUUACUGUUAUGUAAGAGGAGACUGGACCGACAAUCAAGCUGUAACCCUCAACAUCAGCGCUUUAGGACAGACACCAGUCCUGUCUACACAGCCAGUGAAUGACACACAUGUGAACGUCAGCUGUAGAUCCAGCGGCUGGUUUCCGGAGCCGAGUGUCGUGUGGAUGUCCAACAGAAGGCUUCUCUCCGCUGGACGAGUUUGUCACAGUCGUGGAGCUGACGGGACGUUCUCUGUCCACGGCUGGAAAGCGGUCUCUCUCUCUGAUGCUUCACAGGUGUUCUGUCUUCUGUCACUCAGCAGUGGAGAGGAGAGAGAGGGAGCAGUGGACGUGCAGACCAUUAGAUGUUCACCUUCAGGUCCGUGGAAGGCUCUUUUCAUCACUUUUGUGAUUUUUGUUCUUCUGGGUCUGUUUGGUUUCGUCUUAUUUAAACACAGGGACAGACUAACAGGUAAACAAACAACAAAGAACGAGAACGAUGAACUGAACAACAGAGAAAUGAAAGCAGAAAUCACAACACCGUCCACUGCUCAUGUUGAAAUUAUAGAGCAGCUGAGAAAACACUCAGUUGUGAUCACUCUCGACCAUGAGUCUGCACAUCCAGAUCUGAGGAUCUCAAAGGAUCUUAAUAAAGUGAGAGACUCUACCAACUAUCAGCAGAGAGGAGAUGAAUUUCCAUAUGAACUGUGUGUCUGUGGAGCUGAAACAUUCACGUCUGGACGACAUUAUUGGGAGGUUGGGUUGGUUCAUAAUAAUGUAGAUCCUAAACAUUUCUGGCUAAUUGGCGUAGCAAUAAAAGGGAAUUAUCAGUUAGCAGAUAAAACUGGUUUCACUGCAUCAAAGGGCUUCUGGUGGUUGUGCUCAGACGGUCCAAAAGGCUUUUACACAAACACUGAACCACCAAUAACUCUCCCUCUUUCACCCAGACCUCAGUGUGUUGGUGUUCUGUUAGAUUAUGAUUUAGGUCAGCUGUCGUUUUAUGACGUCACUGAGAGUAAACAUCUACUGACCAUCAGCACUAGAUUCUCUGGACCAGUUGUUCCUCUCUUUAAUCCUGGUGUAGGUGAUACAAAUCCAUUAAAAAUUGUAGAUCCUCCAGAACCUCAAGAAUCACCUGAAGAGUCCACUCAGCCUUUACUGCAGAACUCACAAACUCGGUCUGAAAAACACAAUGUUUAACUUUAGUGGCCGUAUGGGUCUUUAAACAUUUAAGUGUAAAAAAUUAAUAUGUUGUCAAUAAUGUUCAGUUUAUGAACAGAGCAAGAUUCAAGUUUAUGAACAGAUCCAUUUGCUUUAUAGAUGUCAACAUAUCAGGCUGAGAUCGAUCUUCUUUAGAAACUUAAAUAAAUAGAUCACCUUCAAAAUGAGAAUUCUGUCAUCAUUUACACAUCCUCUUGUCAUUUAAAACCUUCAUGAGUUUAUUCUGUAGAACACCAAAGAAGAUAUUUUGAAAAAGGUUGGUAACAACCGUCGGUCCCCAUUGACUUCCAUUGGUUUUGUGUCCAUAUAAUAGAAGUCAAUGGGGACCAACAGAUUUUGGUUACUGACAUUUUCCAAAAUAUCUCCUUAUGUUUUCUGCAGAAGAAAGAAAUCAAGAUUAAGUUUGUUCAUCAUCUGUCUUUGGAAUGAACUAUAUAUAUUUUGAUAAAUGUAAAGUUAAAUGAGUUUACUGUUCUAAUGUAACUUUUCAUAUCUUAACACAUUAGAAACUAAAUCAACUUUUUCACUUUGAAUGAACUUUGAUUUGUAUUUUUUUUCAGAUGCCCUUUAAAUUAUUCAGUAUGUAAAAAAUAUUGUGUGUUGACCUUGAGUUUGUCUAAAAAUGCUUCUUUUGUGUGUCAUUCUUAAUAAUCAGAGACAAACGUCUGUAGACACAUAAUCCUUAACAAAAAGCUGCUUUACAAGUGAAAAUUAAACUGUUAAUGUUGAGAAUGACAAAAAAAAUCAAUUUGACAUUUAAUUUAACAAACCAUUAUAAAAAAGAAACAAAAUAGAAACACAAAACAUAUCUAAACAUGACAGUAAUUGUGAUAUUGUUGCUUUUAUAUUUAAACACAAUACUUUGUGCGUGUUGUUUGAGCGGCGAGUUUGGUGUUGUUGCUGGUCUCAGUUCAGUAGUUUGCUUCAGGUGUGUCUUUCAUGUUUGUUAAAGUUUAAUCACAGACUGAAGCAGGUUUAGUUAUCCAGUAACAGAACA